AUGGGUCAUUUUAUCAAAACUUAAUUUCCUAAAUUUCCAGAUACAAAUAACCCUGCUUUAAUUGAACUAGGAUAAAAUUUUAGAAUAUAGGAUACCAUAUCUAAUAGGAAUAUUAAUACAGGCCCAUAUGUAAUGGAGGAAAUUCUAACAAUAGCCAUGUUGAGAAUCUCUAAAGUUUAUAAAUCUAAAUAUUCUUAUUUAUUCUAGACAACAAAUUCAUAUGUGAGAGAAGUAAAUGGCACAAAGUAAUCUAAAUAUUGAAUUUAAUAGUGAUCAUUUGAAAUAAACACACCAUUGCGAAAAAAUUUGUGUUAAAUUUGUUUUAUUCAUAUUUUUCUUUAUUUUAAAAACAACAUCAAAAAAUAAUAUUAUGCCAAAAAAAAUCUGUAAAGAAGACUCAUAAAAAGCAGAAAAAGCCGAAUUUACCCUCACAAAAAUAUGUCUGUAAUCCAGUUUUCUAGCUACACAAAGCAAUAGAGGCAGGCUAAUUUAUUAAUAUUUUUAUUUGACCAGAUAAAGAAGUGUAUAGGAAAAGAUAAAUAUGUGUAUAGGAAAGGAUAAAAAUAGUGCAUGA